CUAAUUGUUACAUUGAUCAAUCCAAGUUGUUAAAAUUAUUAUAUGAUGAUAAAAUUGAAUAAAAUAAGAAAUGACAAACAUUGAAGUAAAUCAUAUCAUUGUGGUUGUUUGUAGAGUACAUUUCGUAUAUGAUUUUUUGUUGUUUAUGUUGUUGUGAAAAGAUGAAUUCGUUUUUGUACCAAGUAAUAACAUUAUUGUUGGUUAUUAUAGAGACUAUCAAUGGUGAUCGAGUAGAAAUACUUGUUCCAAAAGGAUCGAUUGCUGGUGAAAAGUAUUCGUUGAAUGAUGGCCAUUCUGUGACUAGAUUUCUUGGCAUCCCAUAUGCAAAACCACCGUUGGGAAAACUUCGUUAUCGACGACCAGUUCUUAUUGAAAAAUGGAAUCAAACUAUUGAAGCAUUACACUGGCCAAAUAGUUGUUAUCAGAAGCCAGAGUUUCUACAUCGAUAUAAUAAUAAAAAUUUUGUUGAAGAUUGUUUAUAUCUGAAUAUUUGGUCACCGGAUGUCAAUGUCAAUGAACAAAAUCUGAAGCCAGUUUUGAUAUGGAUACAUGGUGGUGCUUUUACUAAAGGUGGAACAAGUGAUAGUUUAUUUGAUUUAGAAAGAUUAGCAGUAAUGGCCGAUGCGAUUAUGGUCAGCAUUAAUUAUCGUCUAUCUGGUCUUGGAUUUUUCUAUUCCGAUCAAGUUGAUGAAAUCAAAGGCAAUCAAGGUCUUUGGGAUCAAGUUAUGGCAUUAAAAUGGGUGAAUGAGAAUAUACGUUAUUUUGGUGGCAAUCCAAAUGCCAUCACAUUGAUGGGCAAUAGUGCUGGAUCUUGGGCUGUCAGUUUACAUAUUCUUUCACCUGUUUCUAGAAAUUUGUUCAAUAACGCCAUGAUGUUGUCUGGAGCAGCAAAUUAUUAUGCUGUGAGAAAAGCUGAAGAUAUAGUUCCAAAAACUUUAAAUGUAAUCCGUUCGAUUGGUUGCGCCACCGAAGACGAUACUGUUAUCAAUGAAUCGAUUGUAGAAUGUAUGGAACAAGCAGAUGUUGAAAAAGUAGAAAACCUAUCAAGUAUAAGAUCAUUAGUUGUGGUAGAUAAUGAAUUUCUUCCAGACGAUCCAAUCAGUAUGAUUAAAUCGGGAAAUCAUAAAAAAAAUUUCAAUCUUUUAGUCAGUACGGUCGAAGAUGAAGGUUCAUUCAUAUUUGCACGAACAAACGACAGUUUUGGAAAAGAAGAAUUGUCAUUGAAUGAUGCAAAAUCAAUUUUGAUCAAAAAUAUUGAAUUCGUCAAUCAAGAUGAUAAAUCAUACGAUACGGACGCAAUGUUGAAAACCUAUUUUGGACGAUUCAAUGAAUUUUAUGAUGAUACAGAUUUAUUUAAAAAACAAGUCGGUAUUGCUUUUGGUGAUCUGAUUAUCGCAUGUCCAACAUUGAAUUUUGCUAAACAAUUGUACAAAUCGGAUCCAUCCACAAUAAAUGUUUAUCAAUGGUUUUAUAAAGCUAAAUUAGGUCGGGUAAAAGAUUUAUGUUCCAAAUGGGGUGGUACAUGUCAUACUGAUGAAUUAUAUCCGAUGUUCGGAAAACCAUUUGAACAACGACAAUAUUUUCAUAAUCGAGAACGUGAAAUUUCUGCAGAAAUUAUAGAUUUUAUCAAAUCUUUCAUAAGAACAGGGAAACCGGGGCAAUCGCAUAUGGAAUGGCAAAAAUAUUUUAUGACAAAUACAGGCAUCAAUGAUGAUAUCAAGAUGGUCAUUACACCAUAUUAUGAAAUUGCCAACAAUUAUCGGACAUAUGAAAGUUUUAAAUUUAAUCUUAAACAGACCGAAUGUGAAAUUGUAUGGAAUGCAUUGUACCAAUGAUGAUCAAAUGAUGUGCAUGAAUAAAUUUUUUUUUUGAAAUAUUCUAU